UAUAUAAACGACGGUCGGCGGUCUGCGGAGGUAUCAUUCUCCAUUUGCUAUCUCGCGAACGCCGGCAAUAUGGUAAUCAAGGUCGCUUUGAUCCUCGGCGCGCUGGUUCUCGGCCUGGUCGAGAGCGGAUCGGCCGGCCACGCGCACAGUUUCGCCCAUUUCCACGGGCCCGUCGAGGGGCCUCACCACGAAGUCUCGUCGCACGACAAGCACGGCCAUCAUCACGUCGACUACGUCGCUCAUCCGAAGUACGAGUUCUCGUACGGCGUCGACGACCAUCACACCGGCGACCAUCAUGGACAGAAGGAGCACAGGGACGGCAAGAAGGUGGCAGGCGAAUACACCGUGAAGGAACCGGGCGGCAACGUGAGGGUGGUGAAGUACCACGCGGAUCCCCACGGCGGGUUCUUCGCGUACGUUCACAAUUCCAACGGGAACAACCACGAGGGCGGCACCUACGGCGGCCACGGACACGGGCACGGGCACUAUUGAAACGGCGGCCGGGAUCAUCGUCGGCAAAGGAAACCAAGGACUCGUCGAUCUACAAAGCAGCUUGUUACUCGAGGAUUAUCUUCGCUCCGAUUAUCGAAUAUUUGACGGCGCGUACCAAAGAGACUCUGAAGAAGCGCCCAGCUAGCUCUAGGUUCUUGUUAGCCAUGGAUUAUGUUUGUUGUUAUCGUUGUUAACUCUUGAAUACAGUAUCGUACGCUAUAACGUG